AUGUCCUGGGCCAAGAUACUCGCGUACCCACACCCACGGCGCUCAUCGCAACAAACACUAUGCCCUACAUCCGUUUUGCUCCCGUUUGCUAACCAUAACUUUCCCUUCCUCAGGAUCAUGAUCUUCAUCAUCACCAUCCUCCUCCUCGCCGCCGACUUUUACUACCUGAAGAACAUUGCCGGCCGUCGACUCGUAGGACUGCGGUGGUGGAACGAGGUGGACGUGCAGACGGGCGACUCGCAGUGGGUCUUUGAGAGCAGCGAGCCCGGCACCAAGACGAUCAACCCGACCGACAGCCGCUUCUUCUGGCUCGCGCUCUACGUCCAGCCCGUCCUCUGGAUCCUGCUCGCCGUCUUUGCGCUCGUGAGGUUGCAGUUCCUGUGGCUACCGCUCGUUGUCAUCGCCCUGGUCCUGACCAUUAUGAACGCCAUGGCCUUUUCGAGAUGCGACAAGUUCAGCCACGCGUCCAACAUGGCCGGAAGCGCCCUGUACUCUGGCGGUCUGGCAGGGAGCAUCGCGACCGGUAUGGUCGGCCGCCUCUUCAACCGCGGUUAA